UAUAACUAUUUCUAAAAUAUCUGAGAAUAAGAUUACAUUUGUGCUCUUGAAAUCGUGUUAAAGAGUAAACAGAUAAUUCAACAUGACCCGAAUAUUAAACUUUCUUCUGUGCAAGGGCUCUUGAAAUCACGUGACCAAAACAAACACUAUGGAAGAUGCAAGGGGACGAAGACUUUUUUCAGAUUUAAACCAUGCUUUCAAAAAGGAUCCCUUGAUAGAUGAAUAUGACUUCUUGCCUGUGAAAGAACCCCAGAACAAUGCUUCACCACUUUUGCUAGUUGAGCACAAGCUUGGCUUAGAGCUUUGGAGUGUGAGGCUCUUGUUCCAAUAUGCCUACACCCGCCUUCUCACCUGGCGAGACAGGAAUUGUCAUUCCCCCUUUUUAGAUCCUCAGGAACUGUGUCACCUCAGUAGGGCAGUCCUUCUUAUCAAUCCAGACUGCUACACUGCUUGGAACAUUAGGAAGGAGUUAACAGAGAGUGGUGAUUUGCCAUUGACAGAUGACCUUCGUUUGGGCUGCCUGAUCCUGACAAAAUUUCCAAAGAGUGCAGAAACUUUCAGUCACAGACGCUGGAUCUUCCAGAAACUUCUGGAACACUGUCUGUCUUCUAGUAAUGACAGCAGUGCUAGCACAGAGGCAAGCACUGACAAUGGGGGUUUGCUUUGCAUGGAAGGCAUUGACAUUGCACUUGGACCGGAUGCCAGUGUUUUGCAAAACUGUGCUGAUGGUAGCUUAGGUAGAAGAAGACACACGGUCUUGUCCCUAGAAUCUAGUCGACUUCUUGCUGAAAAUCUGCAGCAAGAAUUGUCCAUCUGUGAACGAGCAGCUGACAAGUAUGCUAGUAACUACCAUGCCUGGACUCACAGAGAGUGGAUUGUGCAGUAUUGUUUUAAUUCCUCACUUCAGGUGAUGUUGGCUGAACUUGACAGAACUAGAACAUGGACGCUGAAACAUGUGUCAGAUCACAGUGGUUUCCACUAUAGACAGUUCCUUCUUUCAAACAUUUCAAGACAGGCUGCUCGUUUACAUCGACAGUAUGCAAUGUCAGUUUCCAGCCUCCUAGAAGCUGAGUACAGCUUUGUUUGUGAUCUCAUCAACUCUUUCCCUGGACAUGAAGCAUUGUGGUACCAUAGGAGAUUCACAUUUUAUGCCAUCAUGACUUCAAGGCCUCAGCCUUGUGAGGAAACAAGAGUCAAAGGAGAUGCAUUAAAUGGAGCUGUGCGCAAAAGCGACAGCCAGAAACGUUCACGCCUGGAGAGCAAUACAGUGUCUUUACACAUACAAGAUGAAGUGGAGGCAGUGGAGAAAGUUGUGAAUCAGGGUAGUGAAAUUUUUCAAAAGACACUUGCCAAGCGAUAUGCGGAGUGGGUGAAGCAAACAUUUCCCGAGUAGAAAAGUGCAGAUGCCAUACUUGUUUAAUUGUUGAUUUUGAGGGUUCAAGACCACAGACUUCAUUCAGUGUGAUUGCUUUAAGUAUGUGGGUAUGUGCAUGUUUCUGAGUGAAGCUAAGCAUAUAGAUAUAGGAUAAUUAAGGAUAUAGCUAUGAAUGAAAUUGAUGUUGCCCAGGAAUUAGCUUGAAAGAAGGCAAAAAAGAUGCACCUAUAACAAAAGCACUCAUUUCGUUCCUUUACAUCACAUGAGCAUAAAAGAUCAAUCUUACCCUAAUGUGUGUGUAUAUAUAGAUAUAGCCAUUCCCGGUUGGUGAUUCAUUCAUCAGCUUUGAACAGCAGUUCACAAUGCAAAGUGAUAUUGGUCACUGCAAAUUUAUACCCUUGUGCAUUGUAUCCAUGCACCUAAGUUUCAAAUGGUUUUUGUAUUAUAUAUAAUUAUAUUAUGCCUAGUCAGUCUGCUUGCUCGUAUGGUAAGAUUAGGUGGAUUACAGUAGAAUGACAUGAUAAAGUAAGCAAAGGAAGUUAUGUAUGGCUAAAAAGGUGGAUCACAUUAGAAUGGCAGGAUAAAGUAGCAAAAUCUUGCAUGGCUAAAACUAUGGUGAUGGGCCACUAAGUUACAGCCAUUGCCUGUGACAAUGAAGACUAAUAAGUAUUAUGCAUGCAAAAAGUAUGCCUGUAUUUAUGUAUGUGUACAUAAGCAAUAUGCAUGUGUAGAUUUAUGUAAUACUUAUAUUUAAACAAUUCAACUUUCAAUAGCUGUCGUAUUUUUGGUAAAGACUGACCUUUACACACACACACACAGAUGGGUAUUAAUCUUUCAAAGUUUUUUGGUAUUUUUUUUAUGAAUAUAUCUGGUAUAGUUUGUUUAGAUAAUCAUUUAACGCAGAAUGUCUCUUAUCCGUCAAAAGACUACUUUCCAGUGUGGAAUUGGAGAAAAACAUUAAACUGCUUGGGAAGGCAAGGUAGCACAUUGGUAGUGCAUUCAGCUGCGAAACAGUUCUUGGCCUACUCAAACCUGUAGCUAGAAAAUUGGCUGUUUAUCCAGCAGCAGCUAAGCAGGAAGGGGAUCUGAUUUGUGGGUGAGGUAAAGACAGUGAAAGGGUGGAGCUCCACCUUGCAUAGACUGUGCCCCAGACAUGGUGAAUCACAUUCACUUUCCCUUUGGCCUCUAUUAUACAAGACCCUUUACCUGCUUCUUAGUGUUAAAAAUGGACAGGCCGUAUUAAAAUGAUUGUGCAAGGGUGCUGGUCUCUUUUUAUAUUUUUGUACAUAUGCGUCAUGGUUUAGUCUAACACAAGGACAAGAUACUGUUCAAGUGUCUUUAUUGCUUAUUAUUUCAGGAUUUAAAUACAGUACAAAGCUACUGGAGAAGGUAUUAAUGUCAACCAUCUAACUGGCACAAAGUGUCAAAGAGCUCUGCAAAUUUUCAUGGCAGUUUUUUUUAUAUCUUCUUAUGGAUAAUGAUAGAUAAUUUAAUGCUUUUUUUUCUAAGAGAAACAGCACUUGUUUUCUAUGGCAUCAUUUUAAUUGUAUCUUUGACGGUGAGGUAUUUUGUGGUUUGUGACCAUUUCCAGAUGAUUUAGUUUUAAAAACCUUACAAAGAUGCAAUGUGUAAAAGCAUCCAAGUCAAUCAUGUCAUUGUCAAUCAUUAGUCACCUUCCCAUCCAUGGAGCAACUGUCUUUUGAUGUUCUUUUACUUGCCAUUUGCCUUCAGGACAAAAAUAUCUCACACAGACUGCAGUCACAGAAACAGGGACUAUGACUCCAAAAUGAUAUUUGUGUAAAAGUACUGGAAAUUACUUCAGAUGAUUUGUUUACACAACAUUCAUUUACAUGUAUCACAACAUACAAAUACAAUAAAAACACAGAACAUAAUCAUAUCAUUCAUUCUAUUUUUAUAGCACUUUUCCCCACCAUCAAGGUGUAUUUAAAGCAUUUAGCAGAAAAAAAGAUACACAAUAAUAAUAACUGCUAGAAGCCUAAGGUCAUCCAUUAUGGAACCAAGGAAGUAUGAGUAAUACAAGUAGUCAAGAAAAGCCUCGAAGCAAGAGACAGAAUGAAAAUCUUUCAUCGAUUACAGUUGAUGUCCUGUAAAGGCACAAAUUCAAAAUCUAAAAUAUAAUGUCGAUGCUACCAUUUAAAUGCAUUGAGAUAUUUUUACAGUCCCUAGAUCUUGCUAAAUGUCAUUAUCAGUUAGUGUAUAGAUUUAUGGAUAAAUUAUCAUCCCUUCGAUUUCACAACCAUAUAACACUUUAAGAUAAACAUUUAAAUUGGGGUCUUUUUUUUUUCUUUUUGCAUUCAAGAUCACUCAAUAGAAAACAUAUCCCUCACUUUUCCUUUCCCUUCCAUUUCUAUGUAUGCAUUUUCAUUCAUGUGUCAGCAAGUGUACAUGUGUUUUCAGCGCAAUAUAUGGUUGCAAGUGAAAUAUAUGUUUAUGAGUUUUUUUUAAUGCCACAUCUUGUCUUGCAGUUGUCCAUUCACCAAUGCUUUUUAGCAGUUCAAACCAGAUAACUGGCUGAACUGUCAGAAACAGAUUUUGAUAUUAAACUUAAGCAUUUUGUUUUUCUA